AUGAAGUUUGUCAUUGCCUCCGUUGCCGCUCUGGCUUCCGUCGCCAUCGCUGCACCAAACCCUACGCAGUGCCAGCCUGCCACUUAUCGAUGCGAGCCUAACAAGGACGCUUGGGAUGUUUGCAAUACCAGCGGCCAAUGGGUGUUUGCUGGAAACUGCCCACCAAACACUGUCUGCAAGUUCCUCACCACCAACGGCAGCCCCUACUGCGUGCCCCCCGACUUCACUAUUCCUUAA